AUGUACCAACUUAACAUGCAAUUCAAGGUUAUCCUUCUCCUAGACAGCAUUCGCUUACUUCGCCUACUUCCUAGUGAAGAUAAAACAGCACCCAUCCAAUGUGAGCUCUUCCACUACUCUUUGCAAGAAUCAGGCAGACGCACGCAUCCAUACGAAGCCUUGUCCUACGUAUGGGGUAGUUUGGAUAAUCUUCACUCAGUUUUUAUACACGAACAUAACCCCAAAAGUGGAUAUGGUUCUACGAGCGGAAAUGACCUAUCCGUGACGCGAAACCUUCACGCGGCGUUGAUACGUCUGCGAUACCCCCUUUUUGAAAGAAUCAUAUGUAUUGACGCUGUUUGCAUCAAUCAAAACAAUGAUAAAGAGAAAGAACAACAGAUUCAGUUCAUGGUAAAGAUUUACGGCCUAGCAAAUCGUGUAAUUGUUUGGCUUGGGGAUGCAGCAGAAGACAGCGACCAGGCGCUCCAUUGGAUACGCGUUGCUGGAGGCAACAAGUCGAAAAUUCCGCCAAUCAACGAAGCGGUUCAGGAAGCAGUCAUUGCGCUACUUCAACGACCGUGGUUUCGGCGCAUCUGGGUACUUCAGGAAGUUGCUGCGGCUCGUCAUAUUCUAAUCAUGUGUGGACCCACCGAAAUUGAUGGUUACGCUUUCUGCUUAGGUGUAGAUUCGUUUCAAGUGUUUGUCAACCCUCAUGCACCCUUGCAACAUUUUGCCCGUUCGACAACCUACCUGAUAAGGGGAGCAAUCUUUAGGUCAGAACUUUCUAUGGGCAGAUCAGGUAGCUCUUCUCUGGGUAUUUGCCCACUAGGUGAAUUGGUCGAUAUGUACCGUGCCCAUGAAGCUACUAAGUGCCAUGACAGGGUAUUCGCCUUGCUAGGCAUGAGCUCUGACGACCUCACCAAAUCAAAGCUAUUGCCCGAUUACAGCGUUCCAUGGGAGGAACUCUUAGAGCGACUGACCAAGCAUCUACUGGGUAAAGAGAUAUCUGUAGAGAUUCGGGGAGUUGAUCGGGAGAUUGUGGUGAUUAGAAGCAAGGGCUGUGUUCUUGGUACAGUCCUAUUGGAACAAAAAUACUCUAUUCAGGCUGAAAGAGAAAGCGUGGAUGUCAUUUUCAGGAAUGAAAAGGGGAUCACUCAUUUGGCUCUUCUGGGAUCGGCAAGAUCCGUCCGAGAUGGAGAUUUGAUUUGCCUUCUACAAGGAACAUCAAGCCUGACAAUCAUCCGAGAUUGUUGUGAUCAUUUCGAAGUUAUUGGAAUUGCAGUUAGGCUUGUAGAGAAAGCUCUAGUGUCAGAUGGAUAUGUCGACGGGCCGAAACUUUCACAAUCAGGAAUACAAUUCAUCCAUAACCUCACACUUAUCUGGGACUGGGAAAUGACUUUGGAGAGAUCACAACACUCAAAAGGAUACCAUCGGGUGCUAGGACUUCAAGCGGCAAUUCAGGGCUAUCAGACAGCAUUUGGGAUACAGCAUCCGUAUACAUUGGAAGAUAGAUGCGAUAUGACACCACUUUCAUGGGCUGCAGAAAAUGGCCAUGUUAGUGUAGUACAUCUACUGCUUGCAAAAGAUGAUUCCGAUCUGAACUUGAAGGAUAGUCGCUUGGGUCGCACACCACUAUCGUGGGCAGUUGGGAGAGGGCACGAGACUGUGGUAAAGCUAUUACUUCAGACAGGUCAGGUUGAUGUUAACUCUAAGGAUAAGUCCGGUCAGACGCCACUCUUGUGGGCAGCCAGGGAAGGGCAUGAGACUGUGGUGAAGUUACUGCUUCAGGCGAGCAAGGUUGAUGUCAACUCUAAGGACGGGUGGGCAGCGAACGAGGCCACUGUCAAGUUGCUGCAAUCAAGUAAUAUAUAG